CAAAGAUGAAAAGCAUUUACUUUGUGGCUGGACUAUUUGCAAUGCUGGUGCAAGGCAGCUGGCAACGCUCCCUUCAGGACACAGAGGAGAAAGCCAGCUCAUUCCCAGCUCCCCAGACAGACCCACUCAAUGAUCCAGAUCAGAUGAAUGAAGACAAACGCCACUCCCAGGGCACAUUCACCAGUGACUACAGCAAGUACCUGGACUCCAGGCGUGCCCAGGACUUUGUGCAGUGGUUGAUGAACACCAAGAGGAACAAGAAUAACAUUGCCAAACGUCAUGAUGAAUUUGAGAGACAUGCAGAAGGGACCUUUACCAGUGAUGUAAGUUCUUAUUUGGAAGGCCAAGCUGCCAAGGAAUUCAUUGCUUGGCUGGUGAAAGGCCGAGGAAGGCGAGAUUUCCCAGAGGAAGUCACCAUCGUUGAAGAACUCCGCCGCAGACACGCUGACGGCUCCUUCUCCGAGGAGUUGAACACAGUUCUCGAUAAUCUUGCCACCCGGGACUUUAUAAACUGGUUGCUUCAGACCAAAAUUACUGACAGGAAGUAAGUCACUGUUCAAGAUCAUCUUCACAACAUCAUCUGCCAGCCAUGCGAGAUGUUCGAAAUUUUAAGUUCUGUAAAUUUAAGAGGUGUGUUCUGAAGCCAUAUUGCUUUGCAUGCCAAUGAAUAGAUUGCCUUUUAAUACUGUGUUGCCAAAAGAUUAUAAAUGGAAUAAACCAUUGUCAAAAUACUGCUAAAAUAUCAGCUUUAAAAUAUAAAAGUGCAAAAUCUCUUAUUUUCUUCUUAUUUUGGAUGAAGUACCCUAACCUGCUUAUAGUUAGCAAUGAAAUUGUUUUCCUAAGAUAUAAUUUGUACAUAUGAAUUAUUCCAAUCACAGUGUAUUUGCAUGACAACAAGGGUUGGGCUGGUAGCCACAGUGGUGAAACAGGAAAAGGAACUUUCUUCUUGAAAUUUUUGUCAUGAAAACGCUCAGCUUUCAAUAUAUCAAAAACGAACGUAAAUAAAACCUUCAAGCUUC